CAUGAAUGGCAGCGAGAGGGGAGCGCGCGGUCAUGCUCGGCUGAGCCCCGGAGCCGGAGGAAGAGAUGGGGCGGCGGCGGCAGAGCAGAGUGGAGCAAACUGCAGUGAGGCCCAGCUCGGGCAGGCUCCUGGCAUGGAGCUCACUGGCCUUCAGGCUAUACAGGUGCCCCCUGCACCGCACCGUCUUGCUGCUUCUGCUCCUGUGCCCCGAGCUGCCCAGAGGUCAUAACCUGAAGCCAUCCUUGCCCCCCAUUGUGACAGACCAGCCCUUUCUGGUGGCCUGGAAUGCGCCAACGGCUCGGUGCUGGACUUCCUAUGAGGUGCCCCUCAGUGUGGCCUCCUUCAGCCUCCUGGCGAACGCGCAGGAAGACUUCACAGGCGGGAACAUCACCAUCUUCUACUACGAUCAGCUGGGUCUGUACCCCUACUACCUGAACAAAACCACGCCGCCUGUAGCCAUCAACGGCGGCUGCCCCCAGAACACCAGCCUGCUGGACCACCUGGACAAGAUGGCCAGCGACAUCGCCACCGCCAUGCCCUCUGCCUCCUUCGCUGGCCUGUCUGUGAUCGAUUGGGAGAACUGGAGGCCCCAGUGGAUCCGAAACUGGGACAAGAAAAACGUCUACCGGACCAUGUCCACCCGGCUGGUGAGGCAAAGGAACCCACGCUGGUCCGAUGAGCAGGUGGAGCUGGAGGCUAAGUGGGAGUUCGAGACAGCUGCGGCCAGGUUCAUGGCAGAGACCCUCAAGCUGGCGCAGUUGCUGCGCCCUGGCGGCUGGUGGGGCUACUACCUCUUCCCCGAAUGCUACAACUACCAUUACUGGGAUGACUUUGAGAACUUCACUGGGGGCUGCCCCCAGGUGGAGGUGCAGCGCAACAACAAGCUGCUGUGGCUGUGGGAGCAGAGCAAGGCACUCUACCCCUCCAUCUACAUGGAGGAGGUGCUGAGAGCCUCCCCGCAGGGCAAGAAGUUUGUGCAGGCCAAGCUAAGCGAAGCUCUGCGCGUGGCUCAGCUGCCCUCCGUCAACCACUCCUUGCCUGUCUUUGCGUAUGCCCGGCCCUUCUACAGCUACACCCUGAAGGAGCUAACCCAGACAGACCUUGUGCACACGAUCGGGCAGGCAGCAGCCAUGGGGGCUCACGGCAUCGUUCUCUGGGGAGGUGUGGAAUAUUCUCGCAACCGGCCCAACUGUGUAAAGAUCCAGAAAUACCUGACUGGCACCUUAGGCCCUUACAUCAUCAACGUGACCACGGCAACCAAACUCUGCAGCCAGUUUGUCUGCAACAACCAUGGCCGCUGCCUUCGCAGGAAGAUGGAUUUGGACAGCUACCUGCACCUGGAUGCGAGCUCCUUCCAGAUCCGAGUGGACAAAGCCGCCCAUGGACCGCACGUGUCCGUGAAAGGAGCCCUCACCACGCAGCAGAGGGACAGGAUGAGACAGGAGUUCACAUGUCACUGCUACCAGGGCUGGAGGGGGGAACACUGCCAUUCCCGGGGUCACAGCAACCAGCUCUGGGCAUGGGACUUGUGCAUCCCCAUGGUGGUGAUGUCUGCAAUGUGGACGUGGGGCAUGUGACCCACUUUUGCAACCAAUUAUUUUCAAUGUGAAUUUGUGAAGCCUGUGAUGUGACGUGAACCCUGGAAAGAGGAAAACCAGCAGCAGGUUCUGUGCGUUGGCAAGAGAUCUGGAAAGUUUCCAGACAUUUGUGAAUGCCACCAGCUCCCAUGACCCCCAAUACCUGACCCCUCCCUCCCCAACAGGGGUCACGCAGUGUGGGUUUUCCCCAGCUUUCUUUGCAAUAUUUGUAGGGUGCUAUUACAUUCCUCACUUAGUUCAGUGACUUUCGACAGCACAGAAGCAGCUUUAAAAAUAUGUAUGGUGCAAAUCUUCCUGAAUCACAGCCAGACAAAGGACAGUUUUCUAUUGCUCCUUUUUAAAAUAUCAUAUUGGUCAGGAUUAGUUGUUUACAAUAGUUACCAAUGGCCACACUCUUGCCUCUUCAAGAACCAGAAACAUUUAAAGUCCUUCCUAUUUAUAUGCAGAGUGGAUUUAUCCUACUCAGAUUGUUUUUAGGUGCCUUCCCAAUGUGACCGGUGCU